UCAUUUAUUAUGUCGCUCCGCUCAAGCCAAGGAGAAUUAGGAGUGUUUCACAGCUUUGGUUAAAUGACGUCACCCGCGCUCUCAGAUAAGAGUGCAGAAAAGCUGAGUGCAAGUGGAAACGAGACAAGCUUCAGGUCUCUUUUGAUAUUUUAAAGGAGUGUUUAACUAACUAUCAGAGAGCUGUAAGGAAGCUAAAGCCAAGUUUUUCUCUACAUUAAUUUCUGAUAAUGCAAAUCGACCAAAAAGUUUUGUUCAAAACAAUUGAUUCUGUUUAAAACCCAACUAAACUGUGAGAACUGUGAAACAUUUUUAAACUUCUUUACUCACAAAAUUGAGCAGAUUAAAGGUGCGAUUGUACCUUCACAAUUUGAUCAACCACUAAUUCCUUCCCUGUCCAGCUCCCUGACUCACUUUGAACCAGUUUCAUCAGCACAGUUAGCAGAUGUAGUCUCCAAGAUGAAGUGUUCCAGUUACAAGCUGGACAGUCUUUCUCCACGCCUUCUUAAAUAAGUUUUCAGUGUGACAGCUAUAAUUAACAGCUCAUUAGCAAGUGGAGUUGUUCCAGACCAAUCUCCAAACUGCCUUUAUAUUUCCAAGAUUUUGGAGAGAGUUGUUUAUUCACAGCUCUACUUCUAUUUAAAUACAUUUAACAUUUUAGAUACAUUUCAGUCUGGUUUCAGACACUUGCACAGCACUGAAUCUGCAUUGUUGAAGGUCACUAAUGAUAUUUUACUCUCCAUGGAUUCAGGUUCACCUGUCAUCUUAGUUUUAUUAGAUAUCAGUGCCGUGUUCAACACAAUCGACCAUAAUGUUCUCCUCAAUCGUCUAGAAUGUAUGGUUGGCAUCCAGGGGAUCCCCAGUGGUUUUCCUCCUAUCUAAGAGAAAGGACGUUCUCUGUGAAUUUAGAUGACAUUCAGUCUCUUGGGUCAACGGGUCGCUCCUCUGCCAAUCAGGACCGGAUUAAAGCUCUGGAGCGACAGCUGAACAUUGAACUGAAGGUCAAACAGGGAGCAGAAAACAUGAUCCCCAUCUACGCCAACGGAGUAACCAAGGAUAAGAAGUUGCUUCAGUCAGCUCAGCAGAUGUUGCAGGACAGUAAGACGAAGAUUGACAUCAUCCGUAUGCAGAUCCGUAAAGCCAUGCAGGCCACAGAGCAGACAGACGAGUCUCAGGGUAAGCCUGAUCUGUGCGGUGUGGAGCUCCGUAUCGAGGAGUUGUGGCAUCAUUACCGAGUGGAACACGCCAUGGCCGAGGGCGCCAAAAACAUGCUGAGACUCCUGGGAGCUGGAAAAGCACAAGACAAGAAAGCGAUGGCUGAGGCUCAGAGUCGUUUGAGUGAAGCGUCUCAGCGGUUGGAUCUUCUGCGAGUGUCGUUAGAGCAGCGUUUGGUGGAUCUUCCGGAGGAUCAUCCUAAAGUGUGUCUGAUUAAAGAAGAGUUGGUGUUAGCAUCAUCAUCGGCCUUCAGCUCACGUCAAAGCGCCCCCCUUGUCCACAACCAGUACAGCACCCUCAGCAAACCCUCACCUCUCACCGGUACGCUGCAGGUGCAUUUGUUGGGGUGUGUGGGGUUGUUAGAGAUGGUUCCCGGCCGCAGUCGUGCAUCUCCGGUGGUUUUACCUAAUUUCAGUUCAACAGAUGCACGAGCCUUCAAACUCACUAUGAGCAGCAGAAACAGCAGCUUCAGUCUGAAGAUACCAAACAAGAGUGACGAGCUGUCCUCGGAGGUGAGUGCCGUGUUGAAGCUGGAGAACUGUGUGGUUGGUCAGACGUGUUGGAAGAGUGUUGGAGAACAGAGCUGGGAUCAGAGCUUCACUGUCGAGCUGGAGAGAUCCAGAGAGAUGGAAAUCGCCGUGUACUGGAAGGACUAUCGCUCACUCUGCGCUCUCAAAUAUCUCAAACUGGAAGAGUUUCUGGACAAUCAGAGACACAGAAUACAGCUGGAGCUUGAACCUCAGGGACUGCUGCUCGCCGAGGUGACGUUCUUUAAUCCAGUGAUAGAGAGAGGUCCACGUCUGCAGAGACAGAGGAAGGUCUUCUCUAAACAGCAGGGUAAAGCGUUCCUGCGAGCGAAGCAGUUGAAUGUGGACAUGACGACGUGGGUCAGACUGCUGAAGAACGCCAUGAGCACAUCUACACACAACUACACACAGCACAGCAACACACACAACAACAGCAGUGAGAUUUCCAUGCAGAAGAUGACUGUGGACACUGACUCUCCUUCAUCAGAUUUGAGGAAACACUCAUUACACACGAUGGACAGUGUGCGAGCAACGGAACCGGUCUCUCCCCCUGAUCCUGCUCCUCCUGAGAGGGGUAUCAAGAUAAUUUCCCAUAAAUCACAGCGCAGGCAGGCCAAAAGUUCACUUUGUCUGCAGGAUUUCCGAUUGAUCGCUGUUUUGGGCCGUGGACAUUUUGGCAAGGUGCUGCUGUCUGAAUAUAAACGCUCAGGAAAUCUUUACGCCAUCAAAGCACUGAAGAAAGGCGACAUCAUAGCGCGGGACGAGGUGGAGAGUUUGUUGUGUGAGAAGCGAAUCUUCGAGACGGUGAACAGCUCUCGGCAUCCAUUCCUGGUGAAUCUGUUUGCAUGUUUUCAGACGCCAGAACACGUGUGUUUUGUGAUGGAGUAUACGUCGGGCGGUGACCUGAUGAUGCACAUACAUGCUGAUGUGUUCUCAGAAACACGCUCUGUGUUUUACGCUGCGUGUGUGGUUUUGGGGCUUCAGUUUCUUCAUGAUAAUAAGAUUGUGUACAGAGAUCUGAAGCUGGAUAACCUGCUGCUGGAUAGAGAGGGUUAUGUGAAGAUCGCUGACUUUGGUCUCUGUAAGGAGGGAAUGGGUUUUGGUGACAGAACAAGCACAUUCUGUGGUACUCCAGAGUUUCUGGCUCCAGAAGUUCUGACAGACACGUCGUACACCAGAGCCGUGGACUGGUGGGGUCUCGGCGUGCUCAUUUAUGAGAUGUUGGUUGGCGAGUCACCGUUCCCAGGUGACGAUGAGGAAGAGGUGUUUGACAGCAUAGUCAAUGAUGAAGUCCGUUACCCAAGAUUCCUCUCCACUGAGGCCAUUGGCAUCAUGAGACGGUUGCUGAGGCGCAAUCCUGAGAGGCGACUGGGCUCCAGUGAGAGAGACGCUGAGGAAAUAAGGAAACAGCCUUUCUUUAGGAAUAUCGACUUUGAGGCUCUGUUACAGAGGAAAGUUUCUCCUCCAUUCGUUCCUGAUUUGACUGGAGAAGAAGACGUCAGUAACUUUGACGCCGAGUUCACGAAUGAAGCACCAACUCUGACUCCUCCCCGUGAGCGCCGGAGCCUCUCUCGCAAAGACCAGGACUACUUCAGGGACUUCGACUACGUGUCUGACCUCUGCUAGGUUGCAGGGCACAAGGGCGCACUUUGAAGCUGCUAGAUAUGAGAGAUGUGGACCAUUGAAAUGUCCUAGCAUGGUUCACUCACGCUGGCCCCUGCAUAGGGUGCUCAGGUGCCCUCCGAGUGGAGAGGGGCUGCUGACGGGCAUCUGUUUGAAAUUAAUAUCAGAAUAAAAAGAUCUACGCCACCUGACGGCCCAUAAGUGUGACUGGAGCUUUGAGGUUAAAGAUGGUAAAUAUUCAUUGCUGUAUCCAGUCCGAGUAAAGGGUGAAUCCAGCAUAAAGGAUUCAAGAAUCCAGAAAAUGUGAUGCUCUGUGGUGAAUCUGAAUGCUGACGGCCAUAAUGCUUUCAUUUCCUAACGAUGCAGGAAUUUCAAAUAGUCCAAUCAGGCUCUUUCAUGACGUUAGCUAGACUCUUUAGCUUUAGACGCUAAUGAUCAUAGCUAUGUUCAGAAUGGAAUUCUAGCAUACUACAACACCAAUUCCCAAAAAGUUGGGACAGUAUGAAAAAAUGCUGAUAAAAACGAAAAGGAGUGAUUUGUAAAUUAUAUUCACCCUUUGCACGUUUGUUUUACAACGUGAAUUUCAAUGUAUUUUGAAAAUGUACAGUAAUUUCAAAUCAGAUGAUUGCAACACUCUCCCAAAAUGUUGAGACGGGCAAUUUAAGACUAAUAACAAUUUGACGAGUUGAAAUAACAAGGCGAUUUGUGUCAUAGUAUAUAAGGAGCCUCCAAACACAGCCUAGCCCCUCAAGAGUAAGGAUCAUUCAAGACUUGCCAACAGAUGCUUCAGCAAAUAAUCCAGCACUUUGCGAACAAUGUUCCCCAAAGACAAAUUGGAAGGAUUUUGGGCAUUUCACCCUCUACAGUGCACAAUAUAGUUACAAGAUUCAAGGAAUCUGGUCAAAUCUUGGUGCAUAAAGGGUAAGAUGAAAACCACUUCUGAAUGCAUGUGAUCUCUGAUCCCUCAGACGUCACUGUCUAUAAUGGAUAUCAUGAACAUGGGUUUGGGAUUACUUUAAUAACUUUGUUAGUCAACACCACUCACCGCUGCAUCCACAGAUGCAAGUUAAGACUUUACUAUGUAAAGGAGAAGCCAUACAUCAACACUGUCCAGAAGCGCUACCCACUUCUCUGGGCUCGGUCUCAUCUGAGAUAGAAAGUAGAAUCGUGGAACUGUGUUUUUUGGUCUGAAGAGUCCACAUUUCCAAAAUCUUUAAAAAACACAGCCGUCGUGUUCUCGGGCCAAAGAGGAAAAGGACCAUCCAAGCUGUUAUCAGCAUCAUGUCCAAAAGCCAGUCUCUGUAUGGGCCAGGGGUGUGUCAGUGCCCCUGGCAUGGGUAACUCGCACAUCUGUGAGAACACCAUGAAUGCAGACAGAUAUGUACAAAUUUUGGAGCAGCAUAUACUGCCAUCCAGCACCGUCAUUUCCAGGGAUGUCCCUGCAUUUUCCAGCAGGACAACUUCAAACCACAUACUGCCCGGAUAGCAAGUGCAUAGCUGUGUAAGUAGAGAGUGCAGGUGCUAGAUUGGCAUGCCUGCAGUCCAGACCAUCUCCAGUAGAGAAUGUGUGGUGCAUUAUGAAGCACCAUAUGGCAAUGAAGACCCCGUACAAUUGUGCAGCUAAAGACCUGCAUAAUGGAUGAAUAGAGGAAAAUUCCACUUUCUAAACUGAACAAACUUGUGUCUUCAGUGCCUAAAUGCUUAAUAAGUGUUAUUAGAAGAAAUGGUGAUGUUUCACAGGGGUAAACUAUCGACUGUCCCAACUUUUUUGGAGUGUGUUGCAAUUAUCUGAUUUGAAAUUAAUGUACAUUUUCAAAAAACAAUGAAAUUCACAAGGAAAGACUUGUUAUAAUGUGUAGUUAUACUGCUUUAAAUAUAGGAAAGGGUGAAUAUAAUUUACAAAUCUCUCCUUUUUGUUUUUAUUAGCAUUUAUCAUACUGUCCCAACUUUUUCGGAAUUGGGGUUGUAAUAGACGCUCAGGUAUACUUCGUUUUUUUGCGUGCCGUUACGUCUUGCCCACGGUCGAGCGCUUAGCGUUUACAAAUUAUACUCUUUGAUUGCGAGUCCAUAUGGAUGCAGAUGACGUGCACAGACUACCACGCACCGCUACGUCUUGCACACAGUGCAUGUGGUUUUGGCACAAAUUUAGCUCCAUACGUUUGACACAAAUUUCAUCAUUAGCACAGUAUGCGCAGACAAACCGCGCAUUUAGGAAAACUAGACUGUGCCCAGACAGUCCAUUUGCUGAUAACCAAAUUUAUGUCACACUUAUGGAGCCAAAUUUGUGCUAAAACUAAACUAAGAAAUAGAACGUUUUACAAACACAAUCUGCUUUGCAAAGGAAAACUCGACUCUCAAACAAACAGAAAGUGAUUUGCAAAUACAAAGGGCCAUUUGAGAGAAAUUGAAGGAUAGUUAUUGUGUUCCACUGGCUUAACACACAAAUGUGCUAUUAUUAUUAUAAGGGCUUUUCUAAGGACGCGUCAAUGUACACUUGCGUCAGACACUCAUAAACAGUGUUUUUAGGUCGCUGUGUCAAGUUAAACGUUGUUUAAAACUUAGAAAAACAUGUCUAGAAACCCCUGCAGUUAGAAUUGCGCUCCGUCCAGCUGUGUUUGAACACAACAACACGUUCGUCCUCAUGUCGCUUGUGGUUUGUUUUCUGUAGAGCUGAGCAUUGCCUAUACAGCUGGAGUUUUAUGGAGCCAGAUUUCUGCCAAAAGUAAACAAGCACAAUCCGCUUCGGAAAGGAAAACUCGACUUUCAAACAAACAGAAAGCAAUUUGAAAAUACAAAGGACCAUUUGAGAUGAAAUGAAAGGUAGUUGUCAUGUACCACUAGCUUAAAAAUGUUUUUUUUUUUUUAUAUAUAAACCACAAAUAUUCCACAAAUAAAUACAAUCUAUUUUACAAAUUCUUCAGGAUUGUUGAACAAAUACAAAAUCCAAUGUGAACAAAUACAUACCACUUGUGAGCGUCGUCCUCUUUUAAAACAGUAGAUGGUGCAGUGCUGUCUCAGACUUAAUGUUUUCUAGUAAAAAUGUCAUUCUUUCUGGUAAUAUAAAAAUAGGUCAUGAAUGAUGACAUUGUAUAUCUGAGUUUUCUUUUGCAAAGUGGAUUGUUUUUGUUUGCAAAAUGCAAAAUGCUCUAUUUAUUUGUUUAGUUUUUGCACAAAUCUGGCGCGCAGUAAACUGAAGUAUACUUUGGCCUUUACUGCGCAGUAUACACUGAAUACUGAUAAACAUACAAUGAUAAACUACAUUGUUGUCACAUGACCUUAUCACAUUGUGCGUUUUAUUCACCGAAUGGCAUCCAUUUAUCAUGUCAGAAAGAAACAUUGUUAAUUUGCAUUUUUUUUUUAAUCCAAUUUUGCGUAAAAGUCUUAACUUUUGACUUCCAGUUCAUUGAUUGAAAAUGGAAGGUCAUGCUCUAUGCUCUGGUUGUUGACAAAUGUAGAAAAGUUGCAUACUGUGCACAGUAUACAUACUGCAGAAAUGGGAAAAAUAGGAUGCUAGUAUACUCUUCUGAACAUAGUCACUGACUGGAAUUUUGUUAACGGGAAUCUGUUGACUAUCAAGGUCCAGUUUCAUGGUACUGAUGUUCCCAGUAAAAUUCUCCUUUUGUCUCUCAGUCUCUGUCUUUUGAGUUUUUGUUUUAACUUAUGCAUCUGCAUGCUACACAAGAUCCAGAGACUAUAAAGUGCUGUAAUACACACAUUCAAUCACACAAGAGUGCCAGAGAGAUUAAAAACCAGGAGUAAACUGUGAAAAGGCUGUUUUAAUUUUGGUGCAUGUGUGUUUGUGUUGGGAUCGGCCUUUUAUGUUUGUAUCUGUGCAUCUCUGUUUUGAGCAUGUUCUUUAAUGAAAUGUCAGUCUACAUCUUUCUCCACUUUGAGGCAUUAUCAACAUUUAGAUUUGUAUUUGUCAGAUAUUAUUUUGUGUUGUUUCUUCUUCAUUGACUAAACUUGACCGAACAAAUGUCCUGCUCGAAAAUUACUGUAUUAAAUGACCGAAAAUCU